UUGACAUACUAUUAAAUACAUGUUUUUCAAAAACGUUCAUCAUUUGGAUACUAAUAUGAAUUUUGUUGGAUACCGUAACCAAUGCACAACUGAACAAUUUUUGUGGAUAUCGCAUGGUAAAAAUGAAAAACUGCAGCAUUGGUGAAUCAAUUAUAUCAUAAGGUUGCAUUUCAUGUAAAAUAUCAGUUGAAUGUGCACCAAGAACAGGAAAUGUAAAUACAGCGUCGUAUUUGGAAGAAAGCAUGUAAAAAAUUUGGUUAUAAAAUAAUCAUACGUCACUCUAUGUGUCUGUAUUUACCGUGAAUAUACACGAACUAAUCAUGAAUGUUUUGAUACGUUUUUGGUAUAGAAAUAAUAACAAAACUUUUAGAAGUUUUAAUAACACUGAGAAUGCGGUUAAACCUGAUUACGCUGCUGAAGCCCUUUCAAGGGAAAUGACCCAAGCAGUUCUUCCUAUAACUUUGAUAAUUGCUACAGUUGAUGUAUUCGGUGUGAUUGGAAAUAUCUUUAUCUUGAUAGUUUACUACAAAUGGUAUAAAGUAUGCAAUUUUCGAUGUUUUGUGCUCUACAUGGCGUGCAUAGAUCUAACAAGUACUUUAACCACGCUUCCUGGAGAAAUAUUUUCUCAAAUGAAUUGGUAUAGCUAUCCGUACGACGCCCUUUGUAAAGCAAAGUCAUUUUUCAAUGUAUUUACUGUCUGGUCUGCAGGACUUAUUCUAUUAUUGUUAGCGUACGACCGAUAUCGAAAAAUAUGCCAUCCGUUAUCAUGGCAGGUGCCUGUCAAGACGUCAGCAAGGUUGUGUUUUGCAAGUGUACUAUUUGCUUUUACAAUUUCCACACCGACGGCUGUCUUUUGGGGAAAACAAUCAUAUGACUAUAUCUAUAGAAAUAUUUCUGUAAGAGUGUGCAUAUGUGAAAAAUCGGAUUCCUACGCCUAUGAUUUAGUACCAUUCGUUUAUACAUUAUGCGCGUUCGUGGCACCAAUGUUUUUAAUUGUGUUAACAACAGCGACAUUGAAUAUACGUACAGCAAGGAAAUUACUGAUUGGCCGAAGAAGGGAACAUAACGAAUCACAUAACAAUGAUCGUCGUACGCUGCCUAUAGACAAAGACGAUAGGAGAUUUCAGUUAUCUUACCCUAAAAAGGCUUAUGAUGACAUUUCCCGACAUAGCAAACAUAAGCGAAGAUUCAGCUUCCCUGCGGAUAAAUCAACAACAGAAAGGAAGCAUUUGAUUGACCCCAAAUCCCAGUUACGACAUUCAGAGCGGCAAAUUGAAGACAUUCCUGAAAAUAAUAACGACUGCAUUUAUCAAACGAGGCAUACAUUAAUUGAAAUAUUUCCAACACGGAGACUAAGACUUCAUCGCGCGAAAUUCUUUUUCGGCCCUAAUGGUAUAGACCGACAAAAGCCGCUAAGACGCUUGAACAUGUGGCAAACUAGAUACUUAAGACGCCGAGUUAGCUCAAGGCGCAAGAAAACGUUGAUUAUGCUUAUUCUAUCUGGAGUAUUUAUUGUUACAAUGUCCUUGUACUUAGGAUUAGUGUGCAAGGUUGCAAACACUGAAGGUGUGCUAAAAGCUUUGACGAAUUCACAGAAAGUUGUGUUUUUCCUUUUCUGGAGGUUAUAUUUCAUUAAUACUCUGAUCAAUCCAGUUCUCUAUGGUUUAAUGGAUCAAAGAUUUAGAAAAGGUCUGGUUCGAUUGUUUUGCAGUCAUGCGUACUAUAUGCGGAAAUAUAGUACAAGCGUUAUGUAAUUUGGUAAUUUUCUUC